GUUUCCCGCCAACAUGGCAAAUAUGUCGGCGCUCGUGUCGUUUCCCGCCAAGCCCUCGCGGUAACCCUGUUACAGCGUUACAGCUCAACCAAGUUUUUGUAUGGCGGAAUAGGAGUGUUUUUCCCGCGGUUUCUCGUCUGAUCUCUCGUCUGUUUGGAUCGUGAACGCGGUAAGGAUGGGGCAGUCCGACGAUAUUGAGGACUCGAUGUACGGCCGGCACCAGGAUCUUUGCCAGAAGCUGAAUAUGGACGCGACCGCCGCAUCCGAGGCCUGGAGAUCCUACGAGACCAUUCGGCAGAACUACACCCUGGAGGGGGACCAGUUGCAUUGGAUAGGAUGCGCAGUGUACGUAGCUUGUAGAAAAUUCUCCAUACCCACAGUGGGGAGGCCAGGCACUAAUGUGGAAGGCAACUGCGUGUCGCUGACACGUCUCCUGCAAUUGUGUAAUCUCCCGCUGAUACAGUUCUUUACAAAGAGCAAAUCAUGGGCAGACAUGGCUAAUAUGCCGCAGGACUUUCGUGCCAGGAUAGAGAAGCUAGAAGCUAAUUUCUCGGUAUCUAUGGUGAUAUUUAAGAAGUAUCAGCCAAUAUUCACCGAUAUAUUCAAGGAUCCACGAGAGGAUACCUCUAGACCACCUAGAUCCAGGAGGCACAAAGCAAUGCCCUGUACGCCCAGCAGAGUCUUCGAGUUCUGCUGGACGCUGUUUAUAUGCAUAAAAGGUGCAAUUCACGAUAUUUCGGACGAUCUUGUUAACUCUUACCACCUUUUGCUGGUUUGCUGCGAUCUCGUCUAUAACAACGCCUUAUUAGCUAAUAGAAAAGACUUGCUGAAUCCUGAUUUUGCUGGCUUGCCAGCAAAUUUUAACGACGAUAAUUAUACUACGCCACAAACGCCAAAUUGCAUUAUCAAUUUGCUAUGUGAGCGUCACGAUGCAAUCGCCAUUGAAGCUAAAGCCAUCAAGGAGUACUGGGUCAAGAAUUAUAUUAACAAGCUAUUUAGUGAGAAAAUCUUGCGUGGUGAUCAGUCAAAUUUCUCCGGUAUGCUAGAGGCAUUGAAUUUUGAUGGUAACAACAAGGCCAUUAACAAGUCUUACGAACAGCGUAUGUUAAGUGUUGGAGAUUUCGAUGAAAGAAUUUUCUUAGCGGAUUGGAGAAGAGUAAAUUUGAACGAUGUAUCAAAUUCAGAUAUAUUUGGCCAAAAUGGUGCUAAGCAUGUCCAGUUUAGUAAACACGAAGUCUCACAAGGCCAUGACGCUAAUGAAAACAUUGGUUCCCCUACGCAAAUGAUGAACAUCGAAGAGUUUCAUGAACGAUUGCAGAUGAAGAGAGAACAGUACGCUGGGACACAAUAUUUAGCACCUGCCACACCAUUGACGGGACGAAAAUAUCUCCGAUCGAAGGACAUGUCUAACAUAACACCAGUGACUACGGCAACUCAAAGCGUUAUUAAGUUACAAGCUUUGAUAGCUGGACAAACUGCUACAAGCGAAAGCCUAUUACAGAUGCUGAACAACUGUUCUCAAGACGUCAAGUCUUCACUCGAGGCGAAAGUUAAACAGAUUGGUGAACAAUUUUGUGCAAGCUAUAAUAAUAAUGCGGAUGUAACCAAUAUAAAUGAUGGUUCAGCAUCUGAUUUUGGAAAAAAGCGUCUUCUCAUGGGACAAACCCUGUUUUACAAACUUCUAGAGAUGAUUCUAACCGACGAAAAACGCAAAAAGCCAAAUGACGACAUAACUAAUCUGCUUUUGAAUGAAGUUUUUAUCCAAUCCUUGUAUGCUUGUUGCCUCGAAAUAGUUAUAUAUUCAUACAAAAGCAACGAUAAGGUAUUCCCCUGGAUAUUAAAGACACUGAAACUGGAUGCUUACUAUUUCUAUAAGGUUAUAGAAAUUAUAGUAAGAGCUGAAGAUCAAUUGUCGCGAGAUGUUGUCAAGCACUUGAAUCAGAUUGAGGAGAAAAUUCUGGAGUCCCUGGCUUGGCAAAGUGAUAGCCCUUUGUGGCAAACCAUCGAUUCUCUACCGGAUGGUGUGCCGAGUUGCGAGGAAGUUUCUUUACCUGGUACUUUAGAAACCGAUCCGAACGCGCCUGGUCAGCCUGUAUUAAGACGGCUUGCUGCUUUAGAUCGGGAACGUGCUCUUCAUGAUAUUCAACAGAGUCCAAUUUCGUCCGCUUCAGAAAGAUUUCAGUCUCCUAUCGCAGCGUCUGGUGUGGCAAAGAAGCGAUUAUUUUCCGAAACCAGAGUCACUGGCCAAAGUAUCCUCCGUGUCGGACAAAGUGUGCUAUCCUCUAAUAGAAUGUUAUUGGACAAUGGUCAAAGGAUACUCUUAGUACCCGAUCAAAUUACCGUUUCUAAAGGAUCAGGCAUGCAAGCGUUAAAUAAUUCCACACAAGCGACGAAUAGAGACACGGCUAGACCGAGAAGAACGGGCUCUGUCGCGCUGUUCUUCCGAAAGUUCUACAAUCUUGCGUGCGUGCGCAUGCAGGACUUGUGCAAUUCGCUGGAGAUAUCGGACAACGAUAAGAAAAAGAUCUGGACAAUCUUUGAAUACUCCAUCAAGGAACGUACCAAACUGAUGAAGGACCGGCAUCUUGAUCAGAUCUUAAUGUGUGCAAUUUAUGUAAUAUGUAAACUGGUGAGGAUGGAGAGAAACUCGUUCACCGAGAUCAUGCGAUGUUACCGUCUACAACCGCAGGCAGAAUCACAUAUAUAUAGAUCGGUGCUUAUCGAGAGAGUCUCUAAUGACGGUGAUUCAUCGACAGCUGAUAUCGAAAGAUCGGAGGACAGUGCUGUAAUAGGCGAGAAUGUAACUCCACCAACACCAACAAAUAUGGCUGGCACAUCGCAAAACUUUAACGGGGAGAGUCGCGGCGACUUGAUCAAGUUCUACAACACGAUGUAUGUUCCGCAAGUCAAGGAAUUUGCAAACAGAUUUGGAUCGGCACGCGGUAGCGUCAUGAACCUCUCGCUAAGUCCUUUACCGAAAGGAAAGGCGCCUGCUAAUUCUCCAGUGAGACGUGUCACUAGUAGUAUUAUGACGCGCACUCUAGACCCGAAAGCUAUCAGUGCGUCACCGGCGCCGCAAUUAAGUUAUUGCUUCAGUCGUAGCCCUGCCAAGGAUUUAGAAGCAAUCAAUAAGAUGAUGAUAUCUGUGGAUGCGAAAAAGACUGUAGGAAAGCGAUUGCUAUCCGAUGACACGGAUGUAGAAAUGACAGAAGGUUCACCUCCUAAAAAAGCUGCAACUUUUGUUGCACGGAAACUAGAAAAUAUCAUUGGAGAACGACGAACGCAAAAUCAAUAAGUGAUAGACGUCGAUCGUAGUUGAUGAAUCAGGACAAGGAACGUGUUCAAUCUGCUUCUUAUGUAUAUCUCUUUUGCAUACGAAUUAAUUUGCAAAAAGCGAAAAAACCUAUAUGAAAAUGAUAAAAACCGGUCAUUUGGCUGUCUAGCCUAAAUGUAAGACGUUCGUUUCUCAGGUACAGUCAUUCUAGCAAAUUGGAAGGGCCCAAUAAAAUAUCGUUCACAUCACAUGCUGUAAAGUUGUUUGUCAUUUUAUUUACAGCUAGUGUAAAGUCAGAAUUUAAUUUCCAGUAUUCUUCGUUGACUUUUAUCUUACCAGAGUAAACUAUUUUUUUUGUUAAUUUAUAAUUUAUCGAACCAAAAAUUGUCUUUCAAACCGUAUAAAAUGCAAAGUUGUACAAUGUAGAUUGUAACAAUAGAACAUAACAUUACACUUUCGGUGUAUUGUUACUGUUAACGUGAAAAUGUUUUAGAAUCACUUGCAAAUAAAUACUAUGACUUUUUUAAUGUAUCUACUGCUACGUUUUGAUCAUGAUUGUUGUAUAGCAUUAUCUUUACCUGGAAAAGUAAAAACACUUGUCUACGUCCAUAUAUUAUAAUGAUAAUUAGUUUUGUGAUAAAAUUGCUGGCUAUUUUGUAGAAGCAUAUUUGCCAGUACCUAAUUCUAUAAAAUCACUCGAAAUUUAGGAUUAUCGAAUUAUUUUCAGUACGCAUAACAUGCAGAUUUAAAUAGGAAAUUGCAAAAACAAUAGUAGUAUUAUCGUGACAAUAAAUUGUAAUUCAUGCUACAAUAUACGAAAUGGUUUAUUGCCAACGAAAAAUAUUUUAAUGAUAGAUUUUUGAACGAAAAUCUCGAGUCCGAUUCUUCUUGAACAAUUACAUGUUUUGACAUUUGUCGUAAUUUUUUACCGUUUAACAUCAACUAUUACUCUAACAAAUAGUAGAUGGAAAUUCUAUUCAAAUAAAGUUAAGUGAACAGAGUAAAUAUAUAUAUAUAAUAUAAAAUCAUAUUAUAUAUAAUCAAUUAUAUAUAAUAUAAUAAAAAUAGAUUAUAUAUAUAUAUAUUAUUUAUUUUGAUUUCUAGAACUUUGGAUCUAUCAAAAAUCCUUCAAUCGCUUUCAGUUCACAAAAUACAUUCAAAUCUUAAUCUUGAAAAAAUCAUUUUUUAAUUUUGGAUCUGUGUAGUGUCUACUGUUAAAAUGUUAUCCAGUUGCGAUGGACCAUUCUGUACACGCAUAUUUCAAAUUUGUAAAAUAAGUUAAAUAAAAAAUAUGAUAUUAAUUAUAUUAAUAACUUUCUUAUGUCUGAUUGUGUUGUGAUCAGCUUGUCAUUUGCUUUAUAUCUUAAAGGUAAACCUAGUCAAUAUUUGUCACGUAUUUUUCAGACUGGAAAUUGUUCUGACUAUUCUAAAUGCAUAUAUUUGUCAACUGCUAAAUAAAAUUGUGACAUCGUUUUUUGUCCUGCGAUCAAUAUACAAAGUCUAAAAAAAGUAUAGGUUCAACCGUUAGAUAAAAGCGGUGAUUUUUAACGAUAAAUUUGAGCUCAUGGCUACACGAGUACUCACAGCAAAUACAAAUGCGUUGAGUAAUAGUUUGCUUAAAUUUACUUUCUUUAAAUAAAAAACAUUGAUCCAAACGAAUUGGAGAUAAAAUCAAUUGUACAUUAUAAGUGUACUUUCUAUCGUGAGAUAUAAGUUAUUUGUAUCUUUUAAAAUUUAGUUUGUCGAGAGAGUUGAAAAACUCAAAGUAGAUGUAAAUAUUUCCAAAUUUACUAUGAUCUCAUUAAUUUGCCAUUUAUUAUUGAACAAUGUAUAAAACGAGAAUUAUAAAGUGAGAGUUAAAGACAACUAUUGUAUUUAUUUCAUUGCAAGGACUUUGUAAUCUAACUUGAGCUUAAUAUAAAUGUAUAUGAUCGCGCAUUGAGAAAGAGAGAGAGAGAGAGAGAGAGAGAGAAUACUGAU